AUGACGAUGACACGCACGCCAUUCGACUGGUCGGUGACCGACCCGCACCACAAGAACGAGUACAUGCGUUUUGCCUCGCGUCGAUCCACCGUGCUCUCGACCAAAGGCGUCGUCGCCUCAUCGCAGCCGCUCGCCUCGUCCGCAGGAAUCGAGAUCCUCAACGCUGGCGGCAACGCGGCGGAUGCGGCUGUGGCCGUUGCUGCCGCGCUCAAUGUGACCGAGCCGUGCAAUACGGGCAUUGGCGGUGACGCGUUCUGCCUGUUCUACGAUGCCGAGAAGCGUGCUGUUCGCGCCUUCAACGGCUCCGGGCGUGCUCCGCAGGCCAUGACGCUCGACGUGCUGCGCUCCAAGGGCGUCGAUGGCGUCGAGAUCCCCGGAAACAGCAUCCACAGCGUCACCGUCCCCGGCGCCGCCGCAGCGUGGGUCGACACGGUCGAAAAGCUGGGCAGCGGCAAGCUCACCAUGCAGGACAUCCUGGCGCCCGCCAUCCGCCUCGCCGAACAGGGAUACCCUGUCCACGAGAGCACCGCCUACCUCUGGGGUCGCAGUGAAAAGCUCAUCCAGAACGCGUCUCCAAAUGCGGGCGAGAUGCUCUUCGACGGCGGUAGGGCGCCACGCACGGGCGAGCUGAUGCGCAUGCCCACGCUCGCGCGCACCUUCCGUGAGCUCGCCACUAAGGGCAAAGAAGGGUUUUAUACCGGCCGUGUCGCCGAAGCCAUCGUCGAACUCGUGCAGUCCCAAGGCGGCGUGCUCGAGCUCGACGAUCUCAAGGAUCAUCUCGAGCGCGGGACCGAAGAGGUGACGCCGAUCCAGUAUACUUACAACCACCCUGCCGCCGCUGGCGAUUUGGAGGGCAAGGAAGGUGUCACGAUGUACGAGUGCCCGCCCAACGGCCAGGGGCUCACGACGCUUGUUGCGCUGGGGAUUCUGGACGAGCUGCAGAACCAGGGCAAGGUGGGCGACCUCGCCAAGGUGCCGCACAACUCGGUCGAGUACUUGCACGCGCUCAUCGAGGCGCUGCGUCUGGCCUUCGCCGAUACGCGCUACCACGUCUCGGACCCUGCUCAUUCGGAACACGACGUCGCCGCGCUCCUGCUCAACCCUUCCUACCUCGCCUCGCGCGCUGCGCUGUUCGAUCCCACCAAAGCCUCGGUCGACCUCGAAAAGGGUUCGCCCACCAACACGUGCGAUACAGUCUACUUCAGCGUCACCGACCAGUACGGUAAUGCUUGCAGCUUCAUCAACUCGAACUACGCCGGGUUUGGCACAGGCGCUGUGCCGCGCGGCUGCGGGUUUACGCUGCAGAACCGCGGUGCCGGCUUCACGCUGAGCGAAGGCCACCCGAACUGCGUCGCCCCGCGCAAGCGGCCGUACCACACCAUCAUCCCCGCCAUGGCCACGCGCGGAGACGAACUCUUCCUCUCCUUUGGUGUCAUGGGCGGCUUCAUGCAGCCUCAGGGCCAGGUCCAGGUGCUCCUCAACAUCCUCCACCACGGCUUCAGCGUGCAGGACGCUCUCGACGCGCCUCGCUUCUGCAUCGGCGCCGGCAUGGCCGGGCCCGAGGGCGCCACCUCGGAGGUGUACUUCGAGCAGGGCGUAGAGCAGCGUGUAGUGGACGAGUUGGAGAAAAUGGGUCACAAGGUCAAGGUCGUCGAGGGCUGGUCCAGGUUCCAGUUUGGAAGGGGGCAGGUGAUUCAGAAGGUCAACAACGACAAGGGCAAGCUGGUCUGGGCAUCGGGAAGCGAUCCCCGCGCUGACGGUCAGGCUAUCGCUCAGGUCUAA